UUCUUGUUGCUGCUUUCAGUGAUGGCAUUUCCUGAUCUGAGAGCUGAGCUGACCUGCUCUAUCUGUAAGGACAUUUAUACCAAUCCUGUAACCCUGACAUGUGGACAUAGCUUCUGCCAUGUCUGUGUCACAAGAACAUGGGAGAACCAGGAGGAGAGAGAAUAUUCCUGUCCUGAAUGCAGACAUGGGUUUAGGGUAAGACCUGAGCUUAAAAGAACCCUGAGAAUGUGUAACAUGGCGGAGAGUUUCCGAUCUACUCACCCAGAGCAGGAGGAGGUUGGGAUCCUCUGUACUUACUGUAUUCAGUCUCCUGUACCUGCUGCUAAAACAUGUCUGAUGUGUGAAGCUUCUCUGUGUGAAACCCACCUGGAGGUCCACAGCAAGUCAGCAGAACAUGUCCUAACAGAACCCACCACUUCACUGGGGAACAGAAAAUGCUCCGUCCACAAGAAGGUCCUGGAGUAUUACUGCUCUGAGGAUGCUGCCUGUAUCUGUGUGUCCUGCAGUCUGGCCGGAGAGCACAGAGGACACCAGGUGGAGACUCUGAAUGAGGCCUCUGAGAAGAAGAUGGAGAAAAUGAGAAAUAUUCUGCAGAAACUGACCUCAAAGAGAGAGGAGGCUGAGAAAAGAGUACAGAGCCUGCAGGAGCUCAGGAGAGAAGUGCACAAAAGAGCAGCUGGGGUAACAGAGGAAGUUACUGACCUGAUUAGGGGCAUCUUGAAACAGCUGGAAGCUGUAGAGAAACAAGUCCUGAGUAAGAUCUCCAGGCAGGAAGAGCAGGUCUUACUCAGAGUCUCAGAUCUAAUCCAGCAGCUGGAAAUAAUGAAAGAGGAUCUGUCCAAGAAGAUGAGUCACAUUGAGGAGCUGUGUAACAUGACGGACCCAUUAACUGUUUUACAAGAAUGGAAAUCAGACAGCGCUGACUAUUGUGAUACGGAGGAGGGAGAUAAUAAGGACAGAGAGAGAGAUGAUAAAAAGGUCCAUGCUAUAGGAGAUCUGGAUGUGGGUCUGAUCUCAGUGACUUUACACUCAGGCUUAGCUGGGAUUGUGACCGGAGUAAAGAGACCGCUCCAUGUAACGGCUAAUAUAUUACGGGGGGUUAACACGACUUCAGAGAUGUUACUGGAUAUAAACAAGGGUUCAGACAUGUUACUGGAUGUAAACACAGCUGGUAAUCAUGUAACUGUAUCAGGUCAUAUGAAAACUGUAUUCUGGUCAAGAAUAAACCAGAAACGCCCAGAAACACCAGUGAGAUUUCUACAUAAUCAGGUUUUAAGCUUCAGUAGUUUCUCCUCAGGGCGACAUUACUGGGAAGUGGAGAGCAGUAAAUUAGGGGAAUGGAAGGUAGGGAUGGCCUAUCCCAGUAUAGUCAGGAAAGGGCGUCAGUCAGUGAUUGGAUUUAAUAACAAGUCCUGGGGCAUGGGAAGGUUAAAUAAUCAGUAUUCUGUGAUGCAUGACAGUCAUAGAAUCCAAUUACCUCACCGCCCUUCCAGCAGGAGAUUCGGGAUAUUCCUGGACUACAAGGUCGGGCGGCUGUCCUUUUAUGAUCUGUGUGACCCCAUCAGACACUUACACACCUUCACUGCCACCUUCACUGAGCCGCUUCAUGCUGUAUUCUGGGUAUUUGGGGGUAAUGCCUGGCUGAGUAUUUAA